ACACAGACUGCCUUACCUGUGUUUCCGUAGCCAGAGACAUGACCUGACACCCGGAUGACAAGUCGUAAGGCGAUUGGGUAACUGGCUGGUGCACCAUGGAACUUAAAGUAUGGGUGGAUGGAGUUCAGAGGAUUGUGUGUGGAGUCACUGAAGUUACUACUUGCCAAGAGGUUGUAAUAGCCUUAGCUCAAGCCAUAGGUCGAACUGGAAGGUACACCCUUAUAGAAAAAUGGAGGGAUACUGAAAGACAUUUAGCACCUCAUGAAAAUCCCAUCAUAUCCUUAAACAAAUGGGGACAGUAUGCCAGUGACGUACAGCUCAUCUUACGGCGAACAGGGCCAUCUCUCAGUGAGCGACCCACUUCAGACAGUGUGGCUCGAAUUCCCGAAAGAACUUUAUACAGGCAGAGUUUGCCUCCCUUAGCUAAACUGAGACCUCAGAACGACAAGUCGAUCAAAAGGAGAGAGCCCAAAAGGAAGUCCUUAACAUUCACAGGAGGUGCCAAAGGAUUAAUGGACAUUUUUGGGAAGAGCAAGGAAACUGAAUUCAAGCAAAGGGUGCUAAAUAACUGCAAAACCACAGCCGAGGAGUUGAAGAAGCUCAUCCGUUUGCAGACAGAGAAGCUUCAAUCCAUUGAGAAACAGCUGGAAUCGAGUGAGGUAGAAAUACGAUUUUGGGAGCAGAAAUACAAUUCUAACCUUGAAGAGGAAAUUGUCCGCCUGGAGCAAAAGAUCAAAAGAAAUGAUGUAGAAAUUGAGGAGGAGGAAUUUUGGGAAAACGAGUUACAGAUUGAGCAGGAAAAUGAAAAGCAGCUCAAGGACCAACUUCAAGAGAUAAGGCAGAAAAUAACAGAAUGCGAGAGCAAGCUAAAAGACUACUUGGCUCAGAUCCAGAAUAUGGAAAAUGGCCUUGAGGCAGAAAAACUGCAACGGGAGGGUCAGGAGGCACAGGUCAAUGAGGAAGAGGUGAAAGGGAAGAUUGGUAAAGUCAGAGGGGAGAUUGACAUUCAAGGCCAGCAGAGUCUGAGGCUGGAAAAUGGCAUUAAAGCUGUGGAAAGAUCUCUUGGGCAAGCCACCAAGCGAUUACAGGACAAAGAACAAGAACUGGAGCAGUUGACUAAAGAGCUGCGGCAAGUCAACCUCCAGCAAUUUAUCCAGCAGACAGGGACAAAGGUGACUGUUCUGCCAGCCGAGCCCAUUGAAGUAGAGGCCUCCCACUCAGACAGAGAGAGAGAGGCACCGUGCCAGUCUGGGUCCCUGAAGCGACCUGGUUCAUCUCGGCAGCUCCCCAGUAACCUUCGUAUUCUACAGAACCCUAUCUCAUCUGGUUUUAAUCCAGAAGGCAUCUAUGUAUAAUGUCGUGUGUCUUUGAGGGGAAAGACACAAUAAAGGUACCGGGACGGUAAACGGUU